CUGUUAUUUGUUUAAAAGUAGUGCGCUAUUUAUCAUUUACAUAAAAUAAAUUCUCUUGUCCCACACACUCCGUGUGUAUUUACACAACAGCCUAUACCGGUAAACAAUGGAUACAAAUCUCGCGGAACUCCGUAAGCAAUGUAUGACGAGUCUCUAUCUCUGCUCGGACAACAUCACCAAAUAUCUGGACGAAGAGAAAGAAGAAGAAUUCGCGAAGUUGAAGUCUUAUGUGGAGGACUAUUGCAUGCUGGAAGCACAGGAGGAUGUCGCUAAACAGGCGUUGGCGAAGGCAGAAGAAGAAACAGAUGCUUCAAAUGUGGACUCCCUCCAAGAUAAGUUUAGCCAGUACCUCAUAAGCUUGGCGAACAAGAGGCUCAAUGUAGCCAAGCACCCGUAUAUGGUGGAAAUGAACAAGAGGGUGCAGCGGGGCCUGAAGGAUACCAGGAGUAACUUAGAAGAAUCUGACUUAGCAAUUACUGAAUCUGACAAUAGAAUGAUUGAUCCAAUAACGAAGAAACCUAUAGAGGAUCCAGUCCGGAACAGGCUGUGCAAUCAUGUGUACGAACGGGCCUCUAUCAUGCAGCUGCUAAGCGUGAACCGAAGAACCAAGUGCCCAGUGGUCGGGUGCAGCAACAAGCAGCCCGUGGAGCCCCACCACCUGGAGUCCGACGAGGAGCUGAAGUUCCGCCUGACCUUGGACGCUCACUCCACCAUGAUACAGGGCGGUGACCCGCUCGCCUUAGAUGACACCAUGUAGAACAGCGGUCGGCAACAGGCGGCCCGUGGAGCCCCACCACCUGGAGUCCGACGAGGAGCUGAAGUUCCGCCUCACUUUGGACGCUCACUCCACCAUGAUACAGGGCGGUGACCCACUCGCCUUAGAUGACACCAUGUAGAACAGCGGCCGGCAACAGGCGGCCCGUGGAGCCCCACCACCUGGAGUCCGACGAGGAGCUGAAGUUCCGCCUCACCUUGGACGCUCGCUCCACCAUGAUACAGGGCGGUGACCCGCUCGCCUUAGACGACACCAUGUAGAACAGCAGCCGGCAACAGGCGGCCCGUGGAGCCCCACCACCUGGAGUCCGACGAGGAGCUGAAGUUCCGCCUCACCUUGGACGCUCACUCCACCAUGAUACAGGGCGGUGACCCGCUCGCCUUAGAUGACACCAUGUAGAACAGCGGUCGGCAACAGGCGGCCCGCGAACCUCUCACUUGCGGCCCGCGAGUCCCCCUGGCUAUUCUCUAUGUAAUAUUGUCAAAUGACAAUGUCUGAUAAAGUCACACAUAUUAACAAAGUGCGGCCCGCGUCAACUUCGUUAACUACUAUGUGGCCCUUGGCUGCUAAAAAGUUAACGACCGCGAUGUAGAACAUUAGGUAUACGGUACCAUGUAGUACAGUCGACGUCAAUGAUAUGUUUACACUUUUUAACCUUAUGCCUUUGUAAUAAGACGAAAAAUGUAAACAUAUCUUUGACGUCGACUGUUCCAUCGCCCACACUGUUAACUGACAGUUCGUAAACCUUAGUACAAAACGCAUAAGGUCCACCGAUGGACAGUUAAGAGUGUUGCUGAUUGUACCAUUAAAUGACGUAAAGUAAGGACGAAGCACGAAGGAUUUCGUACAUUGACCUACCUGUUUCUAUCUCUAUCGCACGCGCGUAAUUAUAUUGCUGUCUCGCGCAUGGUGCCCGCGGUCAAUGACACUGCGAGAGGAACAUGGGGACUAACGGGUCGGCCACGACAUUGCGUGGCUGGCGGCGGCGUCAAACAGG